AUGUUUGACAUCACUCACCUGAUUCGUCAUCCCUUGUUCCUAGCCACCUACAUCGUAGCCAUCCCUGCUUGGAUAGUGGCUUUUGCGGGUCAAUGCGCCACCGAAGCAAAGUAUUCUCUCAGAGGUACCAAUCAACCCGUCUGCGGUGUCUUAUGGUUUGCCAUAUGGGUACAACUGUCAGUAUUCCUCCCAUCUUUCGCUUUAUGUUCAGAUAACUUGGCUUUGCAUCGGAUUCAACUCGCAGUCAUCCUCGCCAUCGCCAUAGUCUUUGCUGUCAUCGGCGUCAACGACUUCAUUUAUUCCAGUCUGGGUGCGGAAACUGCGGUGGGGGCAGGAUGGCUUCUCAUCACUUUUGCAGAUCUGAUAUGGCUCCUUUACCUGACGUCCGAGGAAGAUUCUGCUUUCUAUCGUAUUCUCAACUCUGCAGGGAAUGGUGGACUAUCCGGUCCUAACAGAAGGGCUCGUCACGAAUCAACCUUCGGCCACGAGGCCGGUGUGACGCCCCCAGGGAAUGGAUUCUCCAAUGGUGGCGGUUAUCCAAUGGGUGGUUACGCCAACGCUGCAUCCAUGGACACUCCUCAAAAGGCUGCGCCAUUGGCUCGAGAAUACACACCACCGGCAUCCGAAGAACGAGCUCAGGCUUUCCCUCUCCGAGCAAAAGCUCUAUAUGCCUACACCGCUAGCGCAGACGACCCCAACGAGGUCACCUUGGCGCGAGGGGACAUCCUCGAGGUCAUGGACAAUACGGGUAAAUGGUGGCAGGUCAAAACACCUGCUGGACAAACUGGGAUUGCUCCCUCCAACUACCUUCAAAUGUUCUGA